AGUAGUAGACUAUAAAUUUAUAUAGUUUAAGUUAUAAUUGUAAUUUCAAGUAUUAACAUAAUGACAACUAAAAAGCAAGUAGAUCCAAUAAAAUCAUUUAUAGCAGGUGGUACAGCUGGGGCUAUUGAAGGAGUUGUGACAUAUCCAUUUGAAUUUGCUAAAACAAGAUUACAAUUAGUAGAUAAAUCAUCUAAAGCAUCGAGAAACCCUUUAGUAUUAAUCUUUAAUACUGCUAAAAAGCAAGGUAUAGGUGCAUUAUAUGUAGGGUGUCCUGCGUUUGUUGUAGGUAAUACAGUUAAAGCAUCAAUUAGAUUUUUAGGAUUUGAUUCUAUUAAAGCAUUAUUGGCUGAUAAAAAUGGGAAAUUAUCGGGUCCAAGAGGAGUUAUAGCAGGACUUGGAGCAGGAUUAUUAGAAUCCGUAAUAGCUGUUACACCAUUUGAAGCCAUUAAAACUGGAUUAAUUGAUGAUAGACAAACUGCAAAACCAAAAUAUCAAAAUGGUUUAAUAUCUGGUACAGUUAAAUUAUGUAGAGAUAUAGGAUUUAAAGGAGUAUAUGCUGGAGUUGUUCCAGUUUCAUUAAGACAAGCAGCAAAUCAAGCUGUUAGAUUAGGAUCAUAUAAUGCUAUAAAGACAAUGAUUCAACAAGCUUCAGGUACUAAACCAAAUGAACCAUUAAGUUCAUUAGCAACUUUUUCAGUAGGAGCAUUUGCUGGAACUAUUACUGUAUAUACUACCAUGCCAAUAGAUACAGUUAAAACAAGAAUGCAAGCUUUAGGAGCUGAAAAGAGAUAUAGUUCAACAUUAAAUUGUUUUGUUAAAAUCUUUAGAGAUGAGGGAUUAUUAACCUUCUGGAAAGGUGCAACUCCCAGAUUGGGUAGAUUAUUCUUUAGUGGAGGUAUAGUAUUUACAAUCUAUGAAAAGAUGUUAGUUAUAAUGGGUUAAAUUUUAUAUAUAUAUAUAUAUAUAUUAAUUAAUUUAAAUAAAAUUUUCUUCAUGCAUGUCCAGUAUCGGGU